UCCGCCCUGAAUGAAGUGACGUGCUUUCUCGCAUAUGGAGGUGCGAAUAGAGGGACGAUAAGACCUGUGUGCGGAAUCCUCGGCAGCCGACCAACAGCAGCGGUGAUAAUAACGAGAGGAUGCUCCUUCAGCGGGGCUGCACUUGGCUGACGCUGAUGCCGCUCCUGCUAAGCCUGUCCACCGGUGAGCUUAGCUUCUAUCGAGAUGCGCUGCCGAAAACGUCGGAAGACGUCGCGUUGAAGCACAUCGCCCGCUACCUCGAGGCGCAACGCGAGGCGCAACGCGAGGCGCUACGUCUACAGCAACGUCUUCAUCGCUCGCAUCUGUCCAUGUUUCUAUCGCCGAUGCACAAGAAGCACAACGGUCUGCAGCUGGACAAACAGGCGCGCGAGAUCUUGAAGAUCUUAAACGACAAACUGAGAGAAGGUGAAGCUUAUCAGGAGAAGGACAAGACCUGGGCGGUUCAUCGUCAUCGUCCGAUGUACGACGACCCGAUGCUGCAGAUCGCGGAGCAGGAAGCUGGAAGCUAUCUCUUGCCUUACUACCAUCUGGGUACCGAUCAUCUGGGCUAUCCUGAAGAGAAGCAGCCGAGCGAGAAAGACGACCGUUUUACCAAGGGUCUCGGCUUCGACGUGGACAGAGACGUGAUGGAGAAAUCUCGCGUGGUCAUGCUCCCCAUGCACUCUUUCUACGGGAAGCACAACCACGAGACGGACGUGCUACAUCACGAGGGUGGAAGCGAAGCAGCACCCAUGCAACCGGCGGCAACCGAGCCGGAAUUCACGUAUAAAUUUGACAAUUCGAAUCUCGAGGAUAAACACCCGUUUGCAGUAAAACCGAAUGAUCCCAGAUACUACAGCAACACGCCAUUUUCAUCGGAUGACUUCGACCGUCAAGCGAAUUGGCAUGACGUAAAAGCUACGAAUCAGAAACAAAUGUUGAUAAACCACGAGGACGAUAUGCGGAGCGUUAAUCAAAAGACAGUGAAGGACUUGACCGCAGGAUUCGAUAUCGCAUCGGAAACGGAAAGAUCUGCGGGACAUUAUCCGCUGAUUAUGCCCGUGAAUCACGAUUUGAAUAACGAUAUUUAUUUCAUCGCCAUUGUUGCUGGUUGCAGCGCGGCAGCAAUGUUCGCUCUGGUACUAAUCAGUUUAACGUGGUGCAGAUUGCAACGCGGUGCGAAAGCUGCAGCGGAUAUAGAAUAUCCUGCUUAUGGCGUGACAGGACCAAACAAAGACAUAUCGCCUUCUGGUGAUCAGAGACUCGCCCAAUCUGCCCAAAUGUAUCACUUUCAACAUCAGAAACAACAAAUUAUUGCUAUGGAAAAUCGUACUUCUGCAACGAGAGAUCCGGGUUCCCUUUCGGAAGCAGAGAGCGACGAGGAGAACGAGGAAGGCGACUAUACCGUUUACGAGUGCCCGGGACUUGCUUCUCGGAUACCUUGUGUUAAAGACGGGCGAGAUGGAGGUGAAGAACCCGAUGUUCCAUGACGAUCCGACUCCGGCAACGCCGGCGACGCAGAGUAACAACAAAGAAGAGGACCAUAUAUAGUUUCCGUAAAAUAAACAGAUAAAUUACGUACGUGCGAUUCGGAAAAAUCUUCCCUGGUGCUUAGCUCACUAUUAAUGUACCAUAUCGGAAACAUUUGUCUAUUAUAUUGAGUGUGUACAACUUUAAUAUUUAUAUAUAGCACGCGCGAGCAUUUCACGGGGGAGAAGAAUGGAAUUGGUUCGAUAUCUCGGUAUCAGAACAACCGGUGCCAUUUCUGUUUCGGGAAUAAAAGAAUUCCUACAAUAACGCCUACGCAGCAAGAGAAAUCGGAGCAACAUGUACAAGCGCGUGUCAAUUUUAUGCGGGUGGAUUUGUUAUAAGCGGCUUAUAAUAUAGCCGCAUAUUGUCGAGACCAUCGAAUCGAUUUUGUGAAGCCGAUGUGCUUCUGGGAAAAGAUUUCAUUUGAAAAAUAGCAGAAACUUUCUCUUUCUUUUUUUAAACUAUAUUACAGAAAAUGGAAAAAGCUAUAAGAAGAUGUGAUAACUCGUAUCGUGUUUUCUUUUCCGCGCAUUGCUAGUGACAUCGGUUCUUCUGGCUCCGAAAAAAACAUUAUCCGAUCGUGGUUGUAGGAAGAUCUGUGGGGAGUGAACGAAUCGACGAACAAAAUCGCGUCUGUCUGAUUGUGAGGAGUUAGUUUUCUAACGUCGCGGCGUACCAUAGUUUGUACUUUCAUAGCAGGAGCAGUUGCCACACGAUCGUUAUUAUUUUUCUAUGGUUCGUCAAUGGCCCGUUCAUACAACUCGGGCAUCCGAUGGCAUUUUAUGAUAAAUAUGUUUACUGGAUAUGUGCGUGUUGUUUAAGCAGCAGCUUAAACAGCGAUGUAUCAAAGUCUAUUGCCUGAGACUAAACUCCCUUGAAAGUAAAACAAUCAAAUAAUUUAGAACGGUCUACGCAUCGAUGUUUUCGAAUCUGUUUACUAUUUCUAGUUUCGAUUGAACGUAUAUGGAGAACUUUAUGCAGUAUUAUUGUAUAAUUAUACAAGUAUAUAUUACAGAAAUUUAACUUAUAUACAUUCUUUCUAGGGUACAUACAAGCAUAAAAAUUUUAAAAAAUAUUCCGUAGAAUAUUUGUUUGUUUUGUAUACGUGAGGAGCAAAACGCGGUGCAUUAAUGAUUUCUGUGGUGUGCAGAUAUUUUAACGACCAAAGUUACAACAGUUUAACUUUAUGUAUUAUUUUGUUAUCAAUUCUAAGGAGAUGUAUUCGGUGGCCACGCGUGUUAAUGAGUUCCUGAUAAACUAUCUUACGCAUGAUUCUCCGAUCUUUCGGAAGAGUUAAUUCAAGAUUAAUUAUUAAUUCAAGAUUAAGCUGUUUUAUUAUAUUCUAAUAUAGUUGCUUAUGGCGCGUACUAAAUGACGAUACGAAAUAAUUUUACCUAAAUUGAAACAAAAAGAAAGUCAAUAACGUGAGAGUUGUGCGAGUAUAUUAAAGUUAUGCGUUUCCCACUUUCUGCACUCUUCCCUCAUGAGUAACGAUUUUAAAUAUGCUUGCUACAGGGGAAACUGUUUUCUCGACAGUUACAAACACAUACACAUGCACGAACACACACACACACACACGAGAUAUAUAUCUAUAAUAUUUGUUGGCUUAAGAGGACAAUAUAUUUUAUUUUUCUAUGAUAAUUAUCAUUGUUAGUUGUGUAAAGAAAAUCUAUGAACUGCUAAUCUUAAGUCACAUACAAAUGCAGAGCUACUAUUUAUUUUAGCAAAUAUCAAAUGUUCAUAUUUAAUGCAAAGCGAAUAGAAAGUGUGCGCUCUAUCUUCUAACCGUUACAAAGUCGUUUUCUAUUUUUUGCCAUUAUGCUAGACAAUACACAAGCACGUGGCAUAAGAUAUUUCGUAUGGAGAGUUCUUCCUUUUCCGAUCACCAUAUUAUGAUAUAUUAUAUUAAUGUAUCUUAACCGAUGAGUGUACGUGUCGAUAUGUUAAAGCAUGUGAUCUAUGUUUCUGAUCUCUUCUAUUAACACUAUGACAUAUAUUAUUACACAUUAAAUGCAUUAAAACAGAGGAAGGAUACUAUGAAAGGACAAUCUGUGUACAAAUAGACUAUUAACAUAUAGCAAUUUGUAGCAUGAUUGUGCGUGUCGUGUCCACUCCGGAGUAGGGACUUGUGUUGCUCGGUUGAAUUCAAUUUAAUCCUACUGUCGCAUUGAAGUUAUAAUCUCACCUUGCAACAUUCGUAAUUUGUCGAUUUGCUAAUCGACUAUGCGAGCGAAUUAUAAUAUAUUACCAUUAUUAUUUUCACUUCUACUAAUCAAAAACUAGAGUAACAAAAUAUAUCUAUAUAAAUUAUGAA